AUGCCGAUAUAUGCCAAGUUUAUGAAAGAUCUCUUGUCAGGUAAGAGGAAGCUUAGGGAUGACGAGAAUGUUGCCUUGUCUGAGGAGUGUAGUGCAAUUUUGCAAAGGAAGCUUCCCCCGAAGUUGAAAGACCCUGGGAGUUUCACUAUUCCGUGUUCAAUUGGUAAGGUAAAAAUUGAAAGAGCUCUUUGUGAUUUAGGAGCUAGUAUUAAUUUGAUGCCGCUAUCCAUGGUAAGGAAGCUUGAUUGCGGGGAACCUAAGCCAACAAAAAUGACUCUGACAUUGGCUGAUCGCUCCAUCACGUAUCCCUAUGGAGUUCUUGAAGACGUGUUGGUAAAAGUUAAUGAUUUAUUUUUUCCAGCCGAUUUUGUUAUACUUGAUAUGAAUGAAGAUUCAGAAAUCCCCUUAUUGUUGGGAAGACCAUUCUUGGCUACCGGUAGAGCGUUGAUAGAUGUGGAGUUAGGUGAGCUAAUGUUGAGGUUUCAAAAUGAACAAAGUGACUUUUAA